UAAGACGGGCGCGAAACUGCGAAACCGUAGUUGCCAAAGGAGCGACCGAACGGGCCAUCGCAAAUUCGCAAUGCUACUGGCGCGCGCCCCGCCGCCGCCACUGCUCUCGCCGUCCAAGUCUCCGGCGCAACGUGUGCGUGCCUUCUGCCGUCGCCGUUUGGCCGCACCCAGCACCGCCGCCCAUGCCUCGACGGUCGCGUCGUCGGAGGCAUCUUCUUUCCGGGCCGGGCAAAAGCGCAAGCAGGUGGCGAGCGUGGCGAACCCCCUGGUGAAGCACUGCGUCAAGCUCCGGGACUCCGCUGCCUACCGCCGCUCCUGCGGCCGCCUCCUUCUCGUUGGCCUCGUCCCCAUCCUAGAGGUUUGGAGGUCUGGGUUCGCCGCCAUUGAUUGCUUGCUUCUCUUGGACGGUUUAGCUGUCCCGGAGGAAUUGCAUGAGCUCUGUGGCGAUGUUGUGUAUGUCAGCGCCACUGUCAUGAAGAAGAUUUCUGGGAUGCAAUCAGUUGAUUCAACUGAGGCGAUUGCUGUCAUGCACAUGCCUAAGUAUUUCUGUGACCUCAACGGUGAUGACGGUGGAGCUGCUCUUGAUGGGCUGUUACAUUCUCCAAGGAGGAUUCUAGUCCUUGAUGGGAUUCAGGAUCCUGGUAACCUUGGAACACUGAUAAGAUCAGCUUGUGCUUUUAAAUGGGAUGGGGUGUUUCUUCUCCCUUCUUGCUGUGAUCCUUUCAAUGAAAAGGCUCUUCGUGCUGCUCGUGGAGCCUCUCUGCAGCUUCCAAUUGUUUCUGGUAACUGGUAUGAUCUGCGUGCUUUCAUGACUGAACGUGGCAUGAAGAUGUUGGCAGGCCAUCCGGAAAGCAACAGUGAUGGAUCUGAUGGAACACAAACUCUGUCCAAAGAACUAGCAGAUUCACUGAUGAAUGAGUCGCUAUGCUUAGUGUUAGGAAGUGAGGGCAAUGGCCUCUCCGAAGAGACCGUCCAAGCUUGUGAGCUCGUAAGCAUUCCUAUGGAAGUUAUGUUGUUUUUAUUGAACCAGAAUCUUAUUUGGCUACUCCCACGCACUCCUGCAAUGCUAUUUGCUGAUAAGUGGAUUCCUCUUAUGGAAUAUAGUUGUGAUCUAAAACUGCUCGUAUUACACUGCAUGCCUUCUGGAAAAGUGUAUUUGGUUCCGCAAACAGACAGGCAGUAACAAAGUUCUCUAAAUAUUUCGAUCAAAUGGUUUAUUUCUCCUGAAAGGCAGUACUCACUAUAACGUAUAGACCGCUGGCUACUCAGUGAAUGAGAUUUCCGCUGAACCACACAUUCUACUGAAGGUAAAGAGGCAUGUGGCAGUUCAUGGAAUGUAUGCUGACUUGCUUAGCAGUCAUCCACUUGGUGCAGAUAAAUCAAACAUAGUAUAUUUAAGAUGAACCAGUACUUCGGGAAUGCAUAAUCAGCUACGUCAUAGUGUAAUAACUUUUUUGCCACCAAGGUACUAGUGACUGAUGACAAAUUUAAGAUAGCAUAAAAUGCUAUGGAACAUGUGCUGAUCCAUCAAAACCGACAAACUAAAGGAGUAAAGUUGAAGUUGGUUCA